AUGGCCGGCGCCAUCGUGAGCCAGACAUGGAUCCUCACAAAGAAGACGCUGCUGGUCGUCUUUGUGCGCCACUGGUUCUUCACGAGCGUGCGCGCAUUCUGGGCUCCCAUCAUCUUUAUGUUCUUUAUCACCUAUGCUAAGAAUUUCUUCGUUCCCCCCUCUGACUACGGCAUCGGUAGCCCGACUCCCAUCCGCUCCUUUCCCGACGCGCUCGGCGCUGCCCAGGGCGGUCGCGACAAGGUUGUCUUCAUAAAUAACGGACAUACCGGCGGCCAGAUUGACCAGGUUGUCGACCGACUGUCCAACACUGUGCGCCAAGCAGGACGGCAGCCUGUUACCAUUGCAUCAGACGUCGACUUGCUCGAGACGUGCGCCAGCUCGUUGCGUGGAGCGAGUACAUGUUUUGGCGCUGCCUCGUUCCACUCAAGCCCCAACGAGGGCCAAGGACAGAGCUGGAACUAUACCCUCAGGUCUGACGGCGCCUUGGGGGAGAAGAUCUUCGUCAAACAAAAGGACAAUGACGUCCAAGUCUACAUUCUGCCGUUCCAGCGCGCCAUUGACCAGGCCAUUGCCGCCAUCGACGGAUCCGCCACCAUACCCGACACCGACGAGUAUCCCUUUACCGAUAAAACCCAGAAAGAGUAUGAUGAUAGAAUCCGCACGCUGUACAUGGGCGCUCUCAUCAACAUCAUGGGCGCUGCCUUGUACAUUGGCAUCUGUGGCGUCACGUACCAGCUCACGGGGCAAAUGGCCGAAGAACGAGAGCGCGGCAUCUCGCAGCUUGUCGAAGCAAUGUCUCCUGCGAAGAAGCCGUGGCACACGCAGUUUGCGCGUCUUCUGUCCAUGCACCUUGCUUUUGACUUUAUCUACUUCCCCGGAUGGGUCAUCAUGGGCGCCAUCGUCUGGGCCCUGGCUUUUCCGACGUCCAACGUUGGCAUCUUGAUCAUCUUCCACAUUCUGGCUGGACUGUCCCUUACGAGCUUUUCCAUCUUUGGUGCGGCGUUUUUCCGAAAGGCUCAGCUGUCUGGAAUCACCAUUGUCAUUAUCCCCAUCUUGCUCGCCAUCAUUGCGCAGGUGGCUGGUCCGUUCAGUACUGCUGCUGUGUACGUGCUCAGUUUGAUCUUUCCGUCUAUCAACUACGUCUUUUUUAUUAUCUGCGUCGCGCGAUUCGAAAGACAACUUAUUGCGAUGAACAUGAUCAAGGCCGCUCCUGACUACGAAAACCACGUAUGGACGACUCCUGGCAUUGUUUUCUGGGUUUUUGCUAUUAUCCACACCUUUGUCUAUCCAGUCCUGGGUGCACUUGUCGAGCGAUGGCUUUAUGGUACCGUAUCGGCUGAUCGAAAAACCACCACUUCUUCGCCGGAUCACAACAUCAUUCUGACCAAUUUCUCCAAACACUGGACGCCCAGCUGGUUCCGUAGAAAUGUUCUUUCAAAGUUUGGCAUCAAGCCGCCAGAGACUGUCAUUGCAGUAAACGACUUCAGUAUCAAGGCGCGCAAGGGCCAAAUCAUGGUGCUGCUUGGUGCCAACGGUAGCGGAAAAUCCACGACAUUGGACGCCAUUGCUGGUCUCAACUCCAUCACUAGCGGCGCCAUCGAGAUUGACGGUACUGGCGGCCUUGGUCUCUGCCCGCAGAAAAACGUCAUGUGGGAUGAGCUCAACGUCUACGAGCAUGUCCGCCUGUUCAACCAGCUCAAGUCUACUGGCGAGUUCGAUACCAAGGAGAAGAUAGAGGACCUAAUUCGCGCUUGCGAUCUAGGGCACAAGAUCAAGGCCCAGUCCUGCACGCUGUCUGGUGGUCAGAAGCGCAAGCUCCAGCUUGCCAUGAUGUUCACAGGCGGCUCCAAGGUCUGCUGUGUCGAUGAAGUCUCUUCUGGUUUGGACCCACUGUCUCGGAGAAAGAUUUGGGAGAUUCUGCUCGCUGAGCGUGGUGAUCGUACUUUCUUACUCACAACCCAUUUCCUCGAUGAGGCGGAUGUUCUCGCAGAUUAUGUCGCAAUUCUUUCUCGUGGAGUACUCAAGACCAAGGGUACCUCAGUUCAACUCAAGCAUGAGGUAGGCGCCGGAUACCAUGUCACGUACCCCAAGGAUGCCCCUGUGAAGCCACCAACCGGUGCAGUCAAGAAGCCUUCGCCGUCCGAAGGCAUGGUACAAUACCAGUUCGCGGAUGCGCUGCCUGCGACCAAGUUUGUUGAUGUUCUGAGAGAUCACGGCGUCAAGAAUUAUGAUAUCGUCGGACCCACUCUGGAAGACGUGUUUCUGGCAAACGCCGAAGAGGUCAAGGAAUACAAUCUUCUGGAUGCGGACCACGCCGAACAAAGCGCUACUGUCACGUCUGACAAAGACAUGGAUAUACCCUCGGACCGCAACUCUGACUCGGACAAGCGGCUCGAGAUGGGCAAAGGUCGCGGCACCGGCCUUUUCAAGCAAAUGUUCAUUCUCAUGCAAAAGCGAGUUACCAUUGUCAAGCGUAACUUUUGGCCUUAUCUGUUCGCACUCGUCCUACCUAUUGCCGCCGCUGGCUUGGUCACACUCUUCCUCCAAAACUAUACGGCUGUUGGCUGCGACCCAGGCGCUGCCUCCAACGACCCCGAAAUCUUCUCGCUGUCCAAUGUGAGGGAUAUUCCGCUCGUUCCCAUUGGACCUCGCAGCACUGUCGGCCCAGCCAUCGAUACCAUCGUCCGGCGAACUGGCAUAAGGGACAAUGACUUUCACCAAGUUGACACGCUUGACGAGUUCAACGACUUUGUAAAUACCCGCUUUCGAAACAUCACGCCAGGAGGCUUCUUCCUCAACGGAAACGGCCCACCUGUCAUGGCCUACCUUGCCAACCGCGGCGUCAUUGGCGGCCUGAUCACGCUGAACACGCUCGACAACGUCAUCAGCAAUAUUACCAUCACGACUCAAUACCAGCAGUUUGCUGUUCCAUUUUCCCCCAACGCAGGAGAUACGCUCCAGUUGAUCCUGUACUUUGGCCUGGCCAUGUGUGUUUACCCGGCAUUGUUUGCUCUAUACCCUACACAAGAACGGUUGAGAAAUGUUCGAGCUCUGCAUUACAGCAACGGCAUCCGAGCUGUGCCGCUUUGGAUGGCGUACACGGCGUUUGAUUUCAUAUUCGUAGUCAUAAUUUCUGCCAUUACUACGAUUAUUUUUGCAUCGGCAUCGAGCGCAUUCUACGGACCAGGAUACCUCUUUGUUGUCUUCUUCCUGUAUGGCUUGUGUGCGAUUCUCUUCUCAUACCUCAUAUCAAUCGUCGUCACCUCGCAACUUGCUGCCUUUGCCUUUGCGGCUGGAGGCAUGGUAUCGCUGUACUUGAUUUACUUUAUCGGUUACAUGGCGAUUCUAACCUACGCUCCCGCCUACGCGAUUGACUCGUACAUUGAGUACUUCCACUGGACCGUCUCCUUGAUCUCGCCCUCAGCCAGUUUGUUGAGAACACAGCUGUUAUCCCUCAACUCAUUUAGUGUCCUGUGCGAUGGCAAUCGGAUUCCGAGCUACCCAGGUAUGCUUCGCGUUUACGGCGGCCCGAUCUUGUACCUUGUCGUCCAGGCGAUCCUCCUUUUCAUCGCUUUGGUAUGGUGGGAUUCUGGGUACAGGCCGCCAUUCCUCAACCGCGAUAAGAGCCGCCAGCAGCAUUCGGAAGAGAAUGUCGAAAACAUUCCACCUGCAAUUGCAGCUGAGAUUGCUCGCGCCGAGCAGAGCAAAGACAGCCUCCGCGCACUGCACCUCCACAAGCAGUUUGGGUCCAACCACGCCGUCAACGACAUCACUUUCGGUAUUCCUCAAGGCCAAGUCUUUGCACUUCUGGGUCCCAACGGUGCUGGAAAGUCUUCUACCAUUUCGCUGAUUCGCGGAGACAUUCAUCCUACAACUCACUUCAAUGGCGGCGGCGACGUGCUCAUCGAAGACAUGUCGAUUGUCAGGAAACGGGCUGCGGCCCGCGGAAAUCUCGGUGUUUGCCCGCAGUUUGAUGCCAUGGACACAAUGACGGUAACGGAGCACCUCUACUUUUAUGCUCGGGCGCGUGGCGUCACCGAUCCCAAGGCCAGUGUUGAGGCCGUCCUCCAAGCGACGAGUCUAGCGCGCUUCAGCGACCGUCUUGCAUCCAAACUUUCUGGUGGAAACAAGAGAAAGCUCAGCUUAGGCAUUGCCCUCAUGGGCAAUCCUUCAGUCUUGCUUCUCGACGAGCCCUCCAGCGGUAUGGAUGCAGCCGCGAAACGUGUCAUGUGGCGCACACUUCUCGGAGUUGCAGCUCCUGGCCGUGCUCUCCUCAUCACCACGCACUCGAUGGAGGAAGCCGACAAGCUCGCCACCCGUGUGGGCAUCAUGAAGCGCAAGAUGCUGGCGCUCGGCACCGUCAGCGACCUCGGCGAGCAGUACGGCGAUGCGUGGGUCGUCCAGCUCGUGCUGGCAUCCGCACCCGAGACCACUGAAGAAGAAAUGCAAACCGUAAAGCACUGGGUCCAACAGCGAAUCCCAGGCGUCCAGUUCGACAAAUGGGGCUCCAGAGGCGGCGGCCACGGCCAACUCCGCUUCAAGGUGCUCAAAGCUGCCGCCACGUCUGCCCCUGCGCACGCUGAAAAGCAGCAUGGAAAAAUCACUGAGCACGAAGUCACCAACGUCAACUCCGUGUCGUCAGCGCCAGAUCUCGGUGGUAUCCCCGGGCUUAUCCAGCUCCUCGAGACAAAUCGCACCGAGCUCGGACUGGAAUACUACUCUGUUUCCCCCACUACUCUCGACGAAGUCUUCCUGCGUGUUGUCGGGGAGGAGGAGGAAGAGGAGAAGAGCGGGACUGUGCAGGGUAUGUCGAAGGGGAAACGAGUGCGGCAGUUGUUGGGCUGUGGGCUUUUGUAGUCUGUCGUUUUCUUUCUCUCUUUGUUUUGGAAUUUCUUUGGAGAAAGCCUGUGCAUACGUAUAUAUAGUAGUGCUGGCGCCGGCGUUGUCGUGUUCAUAGCCAGAGUGGUGUUUUUUUUUGGAAGGGAGGCCACGAGUAACACAGAGAUACCAGUCAGUGGGUAAUCAAAGGACUAGAGUACAUAGUCGG